AUGAAGAAUGUGGAGGCCAAUGUAUUCAAAGAAACAGUGUCUGCAAUUCUUCAUGAUCACCAGAGUCAUGUAAUUACAGUUCGCCGUUCCUCAUUGGUGCCAGUGACAGUUUGCUCCACACCACCCAAAGGUUCAGAGAUCUUCAGCAAGCAACUGCAAGUAACUCACAUUCAUGGGCCUUGUUCACCACCGAAAAAAGGGAAUACAAAAAGUCCUAGCCUUCAUCAGAUUCUCAUUGAUGACCAAAUAAGAGUCAAGUACAUUCACUCAAGAAUCUCCAACUCUAACCAAACCACUAGUACUUUUGCAGCUUCUGCAGUAAACCUUCCUGCCAAUUCCGGCCAAUCCUUAGGCAAUGGGAAUUUCGUAGUAAGGAUUGGAAUUGGAACCCCGAAGCAAGAUUUCACAGUAGCCUUUGACACCGGCAGUGAUCUCACUUGGAUCCAAUGCCAACCAUGCGCUGGCAUGUGCUAUUCUCAACAAGAUUCCAUCUUCAACCCUUCAAACUCCUCUACCUAUUCCAACAUCUUAUGUGGACAUCAUGCCUGCGAACAGCUGCAAUCUGCCACAGGAAACUCAGCUCCCUGCACCACUUCAUGCAUCUACCAAACUGUAUAUGCUGAUGGUUCAUACUCUUCGGGUUACUUUGCUCGUGACAAACUAACACUGUCUCCUUCUGAUGUCUUUCUCAAGUUCAAAUUCGGGUGCGGCGAACAAAAUCAAGGCAUGUUUGGUUCUGCAGAUGGAUUACUAGGCCUCGGCCGCAACAAGGUCUCUAUGGUAUCACAGACUUCUCAAAAAUAUGGAAAGAUUUUCUCCUAUUGUCUUCCAUCCACAACCAACUCCACUGGUUAUCUUGCAUUUGGGAACCAAACCAGCACCACUUCAAGGAAAAUUCACUACACUCCAUUAUUGAAUGAUAACAGAGGCCCAUCAUUCUAUUUCUUAAAUCUGACUGGUAUCAGUGUUAAAGGGAAACAAUUGGCUAUCUCAUCAUCAGUGUUUACAACUUCAGGAACCAUUAUAGACUCUGGUACUGUCAUUACUAGGUUGCCACCUGCUGCCUAUUCAGCUCUUACCAAAGCAUUUCGUGGUGCAAUGUCAAAGUAUCCGCUUGCUCCGGCGUAUUCAAUGCUUGAUACAUGUUUUAACCUGGUUGAAUACAGUACAGUAAAGAUACCGAGCAUAGUCUUUCAUUUUGGUGGAGGUACUAACCUGAAUGUUGAUAAGUCAGGGAUUCUUGUUCAAGCAAACUCAACUCAAUAUUGCUUGGCUUUUGCCGGAAACAGUGGUGCCUCUGAUGUGGCAAUCCUUGGAAAUAUGCAACAGCAGACAUUUAAGCUGGUUUAUGACGUCGCAGCUGAAACACUUGGAUUCGGUGCUAAAGGGUGUAGCUAA